AUGUCUUCGGAAUCUAAGAACCAAAUCCCAUACGUCCGCCUUGGAUCGAGCGGACUCAAAGUUUCCAAGUUGAUUUUGAUUUCAGAAGGCUGCGGUACUGUAAUUAUGAUAGCUGAUGCUUCCGGUGUGACAUUAAAAGCAUAUGGAACCCCAGAAUGGCAAGGAUGGGUACUUGAUGAAAAGACUAGUAUUGAGCAUAUCAAAUACGCUUACGAACAAGGUAUAAACACUUUCGACUACUCUGGUGGUGAAUCUGAAGUAGUCUUGGGUAAAGCUUUGAAAGUCAUUGGGGCUCCAAGGGAAAGUGUUGUCAUCCUUACAAAACUUUACAAUCCCGUUGUUCCAGCUGGAUCUAAAACUGGUGUACCUCCCAAUGGACGGGGAUCCAGUCGUAAAAUUAUGUUGAUGUUUUGCAACUUCAUCGAUUCGAUUACGAAACUCCCAUUGCCGAAACCAUACGUUGGAAUGUCGAGCUGCUGGGCAUACCAAUUUCAGGCAAUGCAAAAUUACGCAAUCAAUAAUAGGUUGACACCUUUCAUCAGUAUGCAGAACUUUCACAAUGCAGCUUACAGAGAGGAAGAGAGAGAAAUGAUGCCGACCUUGAAGAUGUUCGGAGCUGGUUGUAUUCCUUGGUCACCCCUAUGUCGAGGAUUCCUCUCUCGACCAUGGGAUGCAGAAGAGACUAUCCGAGUCAAAACAGAUGCGAACUAUAAAGGGAGAGGACACGAUAAACCCGACGAAUCGCGAAAAUCCAUCAAUGAACGUGUAGCUGAGAUAUCCAAGAAGAAAGGAAUCAGUAUGGCUCAAGUCGCACUUGCUUGGUCAUUGAAAAACGAUUUCAUCACUGCUCCUAUCAUUGGAUCGACAAGUCUAGAUAAUCUCAAAGACCUUAUCGGCGCGCUGUCAGUCGAAUUGACUACUGAGGAGAAGGCUUACAUUGAUGAGCCAUAUGCUGCUCGAUCAAUCUCCGGACACGUUUAA